AUAAGCAAAAGACAACUUUGCAUGCUCUGAUUUACUACCAUCCCACUAAUUAACUUUAAAAACAUCGAUCCACAACAACAAUAGAAUGUCAUGAACAUAAUAAUCACCUCAUUAUCACAUAUCAUUUUAAUAAUUAAUAUAAUUUCUCCAUCUCCCUUUCAUUCUACUAAUAUCUAAUAUUAUUCCUUCCUUCAUUGCAAUCAAACAUACACUUGAGUGGAAAAUAUUAAAAUUAAUAUUAUAUAAGUAAAUCGCAUCUAAUCAACCACUCAAAAAGAAUAAAGGAACAAGAAAAAGAACUAAAAACAAAUAUACUAUGGUACUAAUUAAAUUAUAUGUUUGGGAAAAAAAAAAAAAAAAAAAAGUACACAGCAGAGAGCCGGCCUUACUAGUUACCGUGAAAGAAGCAAAUCAACGCGUGGAAAUAGUAAUUCCCAUUUUCCAAUUCCCCAAACUCGAACACAACGGAGAGCAGAGCAUAGCAGAUUCCAAAUAGAUUCGAUUGCAGGGACCAGGGAGAAAAUUAAAAGAGAAAACCAGAGAUUUCAUUUCGAAAAUUGGAAUUCAUUCAUCGUUUAGCUGCGGAGGCUCUCUCAUUCAUUCCGGACAUUCAAAAACAACAGCUUCACUAUCUGCCUGUCUGUCCGUGAGUCUCUAUUUUUCCCAUUACAAAAUAUAUACAAGUGUGAUAAAAAAUUAUGGAUGUGAAACCAAAGAGGAAAAUUGUAAAAGAGAAUGGGGAUACUGGAGAGGACUUGGUUCUUGCUACUUUGAUUGGGAACGGAGAUGACCUGGGUCCUCUUGUCAGGCAUGCAUUUGAAAUGGGGAGGCCUGAAUCAUUACUCCACCAGCUUAAGAACGUUGUGAAAAAGAAGGAAGUUGAAAUUGAGGAGCUUUGCAAAAGCCAUUAUGAGGAAUUCAUUCUUGCUGUGGAUGAGCUUCGGGGUGUGUUAGUUGAUGCCGAAGAACUGAAAGGAGACCUGUCCAGUGAUAAUUUUAAGCUUCAAGAGGUUGGGACUGCCCUUUUAAUCAAACUUGAGGAGCUUCUUGAAUCUUAUGCGAUCAAGAAGAAUGUGACUGAAGCUAUCAUUAUGUCAAAGAACUGUGUACAGGUGUUGGAUCUUUGUGUCAAGUGUAACAGUCACAUUUCCGAAGGUCAGUUUUAUCCUGCUCUGAAAAUCGUGGAUUUGAUUGAGAGAAGUUACUUGCAGAGUAUUCCUGUCAAGGCACUUAGAACGGUGGUAGAGAAGAGAAUUCCAGUGAUCAAAUCGCAUAUAGAGAAGAAAGUUUGUAGUCAAGUCAAUGAAUGGCUAGUUCACAUAAGGAGUGCAGCAAAGAAUAUUGGACAAACAGCAAUAGGCCACGCUGCAUCUGCACGUCAAAGGGAUGAGGAAAUACUAGAACGUCAGAGGAAAGCUGAGGAACAAAAUGUUUCAGGGAUAGGAGAAUUUUCAUAUACAUUAGACGUGGAAGAAUUAGAUGAAGAUUCUGUUUUGAAGUUUGAUCUGACACCUCUUUACCGGGCAUAUUAUAUCCACACUUUUCUAGGAAUUCAAGAGCAGUUUCGGGAAUAUUACUAUAAGAAUCGCAUGUUGCAGCUCAAUUCUGACUUGCAGAUCUCAUCCACACAGCCUUUUGUUGAAUCCUAUCAAACAUUUUUGGCCCAAAUUGCUGGGUACUUUAUAGUAGAGGAUCGAGUCCUGAGGACUGCUGGUGGCCUACUGUUAGCUGAGCAGGUUGAAACAAUGUGGGAAACAUCUAUAGCUAAGAUAAUAUCUGUUUUAGAGGAACAGUUCUCCCACAUGGAUUCCACGACUCAUCUUCUCCUGGUGAAAGAUUAUGUAACUCUUCUUGGAUUUACUCUCAGGCUGUAUGGCUACCAAGUUGCUCCACUUCUUGAGGCACUAGAUAAUAGCCGGGACAAAUACCAUAAACUUCUUUUGGAAGAGUGUCGCCAACAGAUUGUUGCCGUUCUUGCAAAUGAUACCUAUGAGCAGAUGGUCAUGAAAAAGGAUGCUGACUAUGAGAAUAAUGUCCUGUUAUUUAAUCUCCAAACCUCAGAUAUAAUGCCAGCUUUCCCGUAUAUUGCACCAUUCUCCUCCAUGGUACCUGAUGUCUGCCGCAUUGUGAGAUCAUUCAUCAAAGGAUCUGUUGAUUACUUGUCCUAUGGGUUGAACACUAACUUUUAUGAUGUUGUAAAGAAGUAUUUAGACAAGCUCUUAAUUGAUGUAUUAAAUGAGGUUAUACUUAAUACAAUUCAAAGGGGCAGCAUUGGUGUCUCCCAAGCUAUGCAGAUUGCUGCAAACAUAGCAGUUCUGGAAAGAGCUUGUGAUUAUUUUCUUCGACAUGCCGCCCAGCUGUGUGGGAUCCCAGUUAGAUCAGUUGAGAGGCCUCAAGCUAGUUUAACUGCAAAGGUGGUUCUAAAAACAUCGAUGGAUGAAGCUUAUAUUGGACUUCUGAAUUUGGUGAAUAACAAGUUGGAUGAAUUUAUGGCACUUACAGGAAAUAUUAACUGGACUUCAGAGGAGAUAGCACAGAAUGGAAAUGAAUAUAUAAACGAAGUAGUUAUUUACCUUGACACUCUUAUGUCUACAGCACAGCAAAUUCUGCCUUUGGAUGCAUUAUACAAGGUUGGAAGUGGGGCACUUGAGCAUAUUUCAAACUCUAUUGUGGCGGCUUUUCUUAACGAUAGUGUGAAGAGGUUCAAUGCUAAUGUAGUUGCGAGUUUCAACAAUGAUUUAAAGAUGUUAGAGUGUUUUGCAGAUGAGAGGUUUCACACUACUGGGUUGAGCGAUGUGUACAGGGAAGGUAGUUUUAGAGGUUGCUUGAUAGAAGCACGCCAAUUGAUAAACCUUCUAUUGAGCAGUCAACCUGAGAAUUUCAUGAAUCCUGUGAUAAGGCAGAAAAACUACAGUGCUUUGGAUUAUAAGAAGGUGGCUAGCAUCUGUGAGAAAUUCAAGGAUUCCCCUGAUGGGCUGUUUCAAAGCCUCUCAAACAGGAAUAAACAAAGUGCACGUAAAAAGUCAAUGGACAUGCUGAAGAAAAGAUUGAAAGACUUCAACUGAAGCUGAGAAAAUAAUUUUGCAUCAUAGGCAGGACUUUAGGAGCAUGACUUCCUCCGUAAUAUUCUUUUGGAUUUGUUUCUUGUUGAUGUUUAGAAUGAAAAAUUUUCCUGCUGUAAAUUCCUAUAAUAGAUCUGCGUAAUCCUUUUCUAAUCCAUUAGACGCUUGAAUUUGAUUUUAAGAACAUAAAAGUGUUUUUUUUUGUUUGGUGUCGAAAUUUGAGAACAUAAUCAGGUUCAACUUUGUGGCAUGGUUGUCUCUUCA